AUGGCGGGCACGCUGUUACCGAAGGACCGCUUCAGCUGGAAGUCCACGAGAUCAAGAUUUCCACCGGGGAGACAGAUAUGGCAGUUCUUUACGAGAUCACGAUAUCCGCAGUACUUGGCGCUCGUCGCGACAAUACUGCUCAUACUGAGAGGUUUUGGCGGUCUAGGAGGGGUGUCAAGCAGAUACACUUGCUGGGGCCCAACAAUAUCGCCCAUGGAGAUGACCCCGAACGACCUGGCGAAAUGGCAUGGCCACACCACGCCUGUAAUAUUCAAUCAUCACGCACCGGUCGAGAUCAAGGAAGAGACGAUCAGCUAUAUCGACCUCAAUAAGAUCGAAUCCACGCGCCGCGCUCUCCAGAGCGAGGAAAAGGUGCUUAUCCUAACACCUCUUCGAGAUGCCUCGCAUUAUCUGGAGAAAUACUUCGAACUUGUUGCGAAGCUCACAUAUCCUCAUCAUCUGAUUGACCUGGCCUUCCUUGUGGGCGAUACCACAGACGAUACUAUGGCAGUACUUGUGCUGGAGCUUGAGCGGUUACAGAAGCGGAAAGACAAGAUCUCCUUCCGAUCUGUCACAAUCGUGGAGAAAGAUUUUGGAGUUACAUUCGGGCAAGAUGUGGAAGAUAGGCACGGUUUCAAAGCUCAGGGACCCCGGAGGAAAGCAAUGGGAAAGGCCAGGAACUAUUUGCUCAGCCAUGCGCUCAAGCCUGACCAUAGCUGGGUGUACUGGAGAGACGUUGAUAUUGUGGAUAGUCCAGAGGGGAUUAUCGAGGACUUCGUUGCACACGAUAGGGACAUACUGGUUCCCAACAUCUGGUUCCACAGAUACAAGGUUGAGGACGGCAAGAAGGUCGAUAUUGAAGGACGAUUUGAUUAUAACUCGUGGAUUGAGUCUGACACUGGCCGUAAACUCGUCAAGAAUCUCCCUCCUGGUGUGGUCCUUGCAGAAGGAUACGAGAAAGAAGGGUACAAGACGGGCCGAACGUAUAUGGCUCGCAUGGGCGACUGGCGAGAAAACAAAGAUGAAGAGAUUGAGCUUGAUGGUAUUGGUGGUGUCAAUAUCCUUGUCAAGGCUGAUGUCCAUCGCUCCGGCAUUAAUUUUCCCUGCUACCCCUUUGAGCACCAAGCGGAGACAGAAGGUUUCGCUAGGAUGGCCAAAGCCGCCGGUUAUGGUGUUUAUGGCCUGCCUAACUACGUUGUUUGGCACAUCGAUACAGAUGAGAAGCCAGGCAACAACUAA